GUCACUCUGUGGCGCCUGGAUAUGUUACAUUGAUCCGCGUUAGCAAUUUUCUUUUGUUGUGAUCAGACAUUUAGAGAUUGUCUACUCAAUUAACUUCUCUUGUGAAAGGCGCUGUUAAUACUUCUAGAAUGAGUGGCGGGGUGUACGGAGGCGAUGAGGUGGGAGCUUUGGUGUUCGACAUUGGCUCCUAUUCUGUUAGAGCUGGCUAUGCAGGAGAAGACUGCCCUAAAGCGGACUUCCCCACAGUGAUAGGUGUGACUAUUGAUCGGGAGGAUGGAAGCACUCCCAUGGAGACGGACGGUGACAAGGGCAAGCAGAGUGGCACCACCUACUACAUCGACACCAAUCAACUGAGGGUUCCCAGAGAGAACAUGGAGGUCAUGUCUCCACUAAAAAAUGGCAUGAUUGAGGACUGGGACAGUUUCCAGGCCAUUUUGGAUCACACAUACAAAAUGCAUUUCAAGUCAGAGCCCAGCCUGCAUCCUGUUCUCAUGUCAGAAGCGUCGUGGAACACACGGGCAAAAAGAGAGAAGCUUACAGAGCUGAUGUUUGAACAUUACAACAUUCCUGCCUUUUUCCUCUGUAAAUCAGCUGUACUGUCUGCCUUUGCCAAUGGGCGGUCGACAGGCCUGGUCCUGGACAGUGGAGCCACACACACCACAGCAAUUCCAGUGCAUGAUGGUUAUGUCUUGCAGCAAGGCAUUGUUAAAUCACCUCUGGCUGGUGACUUCAUGAGCAUGCAGUGUAGAGAGUUAUUUCAAGAGUUAAGUGUGGAAAUAAUCCCUCCUUACAUGAUUGCAUCAAAGGAUCCAGUGAGGGAGGGGUCCCCAGCCAGCUGGAAGAAAAAGGAGAAAUUACCUCAAGUAACUCGCUCUUGGCACAACUACAUGUGUAACUGUGUUAUCCAAGACUUUCAGGCAUCAGUGCUGCAAGUUUCAGACUCUCCAUAUGAUGAACAAGUUGCUGCCCAAAUGCCCACAGUUCACUAUGAGCUGCCCAACGGCUAUAAUUGUGACUUUGGGGCAGAGAGGCUAAAGAUCCCAGAAGGCCUGUUUGACCCCUCUAAUGCAAAGGGUUUGUCAGGAAACACCAUGUUAGGAGUUGGCCAUGUGGUGACAACCAGUGUAGGAAUGUGUGACAUUGACAUCCGGCCUGGUUUAUAUGGCAGCGUGGUGGUGACGGGAGGAAAUACACUUAUUCAGGGCUUCACAGACCGAUUGAACCGAGAACUCUCCCAGAAAACCCCUCCAAGUAUGAGGCUGAAGCUGAUUGCCAACAACACCACAGUGGAACGCCGGUUCAGUGCCUGGAUUGGAGGCUCUAUCCUGGCAUCACUUGGAACCUUCCAGCAGAUGUGGAUCUCCAAACAAGAAUAUGAGGAAGGAGGAAAGCAGUGUGUGGACAGGAAGUGCCCUUGAUUUAACAUCCAGCACCACGUAACCAUCGUCAUCUUUGCUACAUCGUGAGAUAUUCACUUCGAACCCAGAUUCAGGAACACUCAGCAUUUAUUUUGUUUGAUUCGUUUUUAAAAUUGAGCUGAUCCAUACACCUGUCUGGAACUCACUGUAGGAGUCAAACAUUGAUGCUCUUAAGUUUUUUUCUUCAUGUCUAAAACGUCUAGUCUUUUUGACGUCAUGUUUGUUGCCAGGUUUGUUAGUUGUUGGAAGCCGCUUCCCCUGACAGAAGCCUCGUCAUCAAAAGAUCACGUUUCACUGGGGAAAAAAAGUUUUGUUGUACAGAAUUUCAACAGCUUUUCAACAAUAAACCAUUGUGUGAAGAGGGUUGAUAUUUGGAGAAGAGUAAACAUCUUCUGAUCAUUUGCCUUUUUUGUGUAGC